GGAGACCGGGAAUCUUGCGAAAUCGGUCAGGUAUAACGUUUGAUCUUUAACCUACUUGGCACGUGUGUUUUCUGUUUUCUGCGUUUCGUUUGUCUUUCUUUCAAGCAGGGUAGCUGGUCAAAUUGUAUUAAAAUAUGAAGAAAAAGGGCAGAGGCCGAGCCAAGUUUCAAAGGAAAGAGGAGACAUUUGACAGUGAUGAUGAGAGAGCCUACAAAGAUCUCCCAGUACCUGAUGCGCAUAACUCAAUUUACGAUGAAAUUGAUGACUUCCACAAAAAUCGGCUGAAGAAAAUGAAUAAAAAAUUCCAAGAGCAGGAACGUGCAAGUUCAGAUGAUGAGGUGGAAGUAUUAAGUUUGGAUUCAGAUAAUGAUGAUGAUUAUGAAGCUCAGUUGCUGGCAAUUAAGAAGCAGUCUCAUCUCGAAGAUGUUGCCAGCGACAUGGAGGAUGAAGAUGCUGAAGAUGACGAUGCACUGCCCAAUGAGAAAGCCUGGGGAUCAAGAAAGAAGUCAUUCUACCACACAGACUAUGUGGAUGAUGAUUUGCCUGGUUUAUCUGAGGAGGAGGAAGAACAAGCAGAGGAGGAGAAGGAGGCACUUGCUAUCCAACAACGCAUGGCUCAGGCUCUUGACGAAGAGGACUUUGGAAUGGAUCUCUUCAAGGUGGAUGACAAAGGAGAUAACGAGGAUGAUGUUGAAAGUCGGAUAGUUAAAGAUUUGUCCAAACUGUCAAAGAAGGAAAAAUUGCAACAUCUGCAAAAGGACUCUCCUGAACUAUUUCAGCUGAUUGCAGAAUUCAAAGAUAAGAUUCGUGAGUUGAUUGAUACAAUGUAUCCCUUAGCAAUGAUGGUGAAAGCAGGACACAUACCAAGUGGUCAACCAGCCACAUAUAUCAACACCAAGUUCCAUCUUCACUUGAACUACUGCAUCAAUGUCAGUUUUUAUUUUGCAUUGAAGUCUAAGCAGGCGUCUGUACGUGAUCAUCCAAUUAUUAAGAGAAUUCUCACAUAUCGGAAUCUUAUACAAGAAUUAAAACCCAUAGAUGAACAGUUAUCAGGAGAUAUCCAAAAUCUUCUCAAGGUGUACAGAGUAGAUGGCAAUAUGCUUGACAAAGAAGAGGACGAAAACACCGGUAUAAUGAAUGUGAAGCAUCAGCAUAGGGAAAAGAGCAAGAAACGUGGAAAGACAUUCAAAGAAGCAGACGAUCGUGAACCAAGUGUCCAUAAGAAGAAAGCACAAAAAGUUUUGUCACUGACUGAAGAAGAACAGGCUGCAUUAGAGUAUUAUAGAAUCAUGGAACAAAAGGUAUUACAGAAGAAACAGGAGAAGGAAGACCUCAUGAGGGAAUCAGAACAAGUAGUUGAAGACGAAGAAGACAAUGAAGAUGAAAAUGCAAAGAGAGCGAUAACCUACCAGAUGUCAAAGAAUAAAGGUCUUACAGUGAAGAAAAAGAAAGAACACAGGAAUCCAAGGGUGAAGCAUAGAAUGAAGUUCCGAAGAGCAAAAAUACGAAGGAAGGGUCAGGUUCGAGAACCAACAACAGAGAAGCAGCGCUACAGUGGGGAAGCCACUGGAAUACGAGCUGGUGUCAUAAAGAGUGUCAAACUCCAAUGAUUUUAAUACUCUUGUUUUAUAUAAUGUAUCUUAAAUACAGUGUUUUACAGGUAAAAAUGGCACUCAAAUGCGUAGUUCAGACUAGGUGUAUAAACCUGGCUCAAGUCACCAGGUUUAUUCACCUUCCAGUCUGAACUAGGUGGCUUAUCUCAAACUGGACAUUGUUCCUAUAUUUACUAGGCCUGACAUACCACCCGGUUUAACUUUUCUGAGGCGGGCUUGGCUAGACCUGGCUAAUCCAGCUAGUCUGAACACCCGGCAGAGUUUAGCCGGGCUUAACUUUGAGCCAGGCUUAACAUAAGCCUGGAUUAUCUCCAAGUCUGACCGUAGCCUAACCCCGGUAUUCUUAAAACAAACUUUAGUCGUAGUUCGAGCUAAAACUUAAAAAUUACGUCAUUUUGUAUUCUUAAAAUGAACUUCGACUGACGCGAACCCUGACUAAAAUGAUACCUCCGCAGGCCGAUUUUAUUAGUCAGCCUAGGGUCAGGCUAAAUCGCGGACUUGAAAUAUUUACCCUACUAAAAAUGUGUUUUUGUAACUCACGAUAUGAAACAUGAGGCAGAAGUCCCCGAAAUGGUCCAUAGUGAGCUGUCUGAUAGUUGAGAGUGAGCUGUCAAAUGGUCCAGAGGGAGCUGUUAGCAGCUCCAUAAACUUAACUGUAAUUGGUUUUAAGAAUGUCCAUUGGGAGUUAACAAGAGAGUCCUGGCCAGCAACAUAUAGCCAUUGGAAUGUAAACAAGAAACCCAUUACAAUCACUCACUUCAGUGGCAAUAAAUAAUUUAAGAACCCAUCACUAUUCAACAAACCAGCAGGAUUUAUAACCCGGGUUUUUCCAAAAGCCGGGUGCCAUGGACAAGUCUGUUAACGGCCAAAAAUGUAGCAUGAACAAUUGUAUACGCAGGUUUGAUAUAUCUUUGGUGUGUUAAACAAAAGAGACAUCAAGUUUAGCUUCCAAAAAGAGAAAUUAACAUGAUUUGCUAGCCACAUGCGAUAGUUCCUGAUUUGCACGAAAUCCUCUCGCAUUGCGAUCACCUAGCUUCACCAUAACAACAACAAAGAUGGUGCCACCCUCGCUCAGGCUCAACUAUAAUAGUUCUCCAAAAGCAAAUAUCCAGUGACUGUUCAAAUUCUCUAUCGUAAUAUGUUAACAACUAAUAUAGUUGU